AUGCCUGCGAAGUCCGGAAUGGGAAUCGGCCAUGCGGAUGCCAUCGCAUGCUUGCAGAAAGUUUUUGCCAAGAACCACACUGGCUUCGGGGUCGACAGCACUGAUCAGAACAUCGAUCCUGGGAACCUGCAGUACGGUGAGAUCACGUACCAAGGCAUGCAGCCCUUGUAUAGUGCGCUGGAGCUUGGGCAAGGCGACGUCUUCUACGAUCUGGGUUGUGGGGUUGGGAAGCUGGUGCUCUAUGUGGCCUUGAGGGGAGAUGCAGCCCGUUCUGUCGGGCUCGAAGUUGGGCAGCGCCGCUUCCUGCUUGCCGAGGGGGCACGCUGCUCUCUAGAUGAGGAGCUUGACUCACUGAAGAAGGCAGGCAAAUCCCAGUCGCCUGCGACGGAGUACAAGUUCAUGCUCGCGGACAUUAGCAGGCACCGCUAUCUGGACCCAACGGUAGCGGUCCUGACAAACCUCUGCAUGGACAUGGGCGUGCAGAGCCGCACGGUCAACUGUCUCCUUCGCUGUCCCUCUUUCAGGCGUCUGGUGAGCAUCACUCCUCUUCUGCACUCCAGGUUGAAACUGGUGCGCUCUGUCCUUGUGUCCUGCACGUGGGCCAAGAUCUCGGCGUGGCAGGUUUAUGACGUGCUGCCGCCGCAGGAGCCGCUGGCCCGAUCCUUCCUGACUACCCCGACAGUCGUCAAGAGGUGCACAAGUGCCUCAGCCCUGAAGAGGCCACCUGGAGAGUGA